AUGGAUUAUGGUAGAGAUUAUGAGAGAAAUUACAGUGAUGAUUCAGAACAUCUGAAUGUGCGAGAACAUGACUUCACACAAGUUAGUAAGAUGAGUCAAGAGGAAGAGAAUAAGAAGAGUGGUGAGAAACAGAAUGAGAACUUCUUUUACAAAAAGAUGGGAUUUCCAGUCUAUGACUAUUUUGAGGGAGACAAACAGGUGUUUCAGAGGAGGAUGAAUUGA